AUGACAUCGCAAAUCCAGGAUUCGCCUCAUCCUGCACUUCCUCCGUAUCCUGACAGCAUCGCUCAGUCUAAGCAGACAAAUGCUGCUACCACUGCCUCUUCCGGAUUGCUAAAUACCACUCUCUCGACUACUGCCAGAAUGGCAGUCUCAAGUGGCCCUACUCAGCUGGACAUGGAUAAGGAGGGGCGCAGUCGCAGGGCUACAAGUGUACUGUCGAUGGACGAUAUCGAGGCGGCCCAGGCGUUGGAAGGCCUUCGAACAGAUUUUGUUCAUUCCCCCGCAUCGUCUCGCAGCGUUGACCCGUCAUCCCCGCCAACAACGUCCUCACCUGGACAGCAACCGAAACCGCAACCGCAAGCGCCAGAGCCAUUACUCUCUCUCCUCACCUCAUCUCAUCCUCUUCUUUCUUCUGCCAUAAACAGCUCCGUUUCUGUCUAUACAUCCUCCAAGUCUUACUCACCAAGGUUCAAGUAUGGAGCCGAAUUUUUGGAACGGAACAUCGGUUCUCCUGUGGUGAAGAAAGUUGGCUCCGUCGGCAAGAAGACCGGUGUCGAGGAGGGUAUCCGUUGGGCACUUCAAAGACGGCGGGCUGGCGAUGACACAGCCGUCGAUUCAGAGACUCCUGACAAACGGCGGAAGAUUAGAAAUACCAACACAGACAUGCUGGAUGUUGAGCGGGCAAUGGCUGAACUUACACCAUCCCACACGAGGAGAUCGUCCACUGCAGAGUCGCUCCCACCAUAUGACAAUCUUUCGUCUCCUAAGUAUGAAGAGCUGGCGGAGUUGGAUAAGAAAACUUUACAAAACAACAACCAAUCUACCUGGCAGAGUCGGCUUAUGAUCUCUACCUCCGGUCUUGGCGUUGCUAUGAGCGAGGAGUCCCUCCGCAGCCUGGCUUAUUGUCUAAGCUGGCUUCGAUGGGCGAACGGUCGGCUGGGGAACUCGAUUGUAUCCUUGAAAAAGGUUCUGGAAGAGUCUGAUGCUUCCAAGAGAGCUCAGCCAUCAGAUGACCCAGCGAUUUCCGAGGCAACAUCACGCAAUUCCACUCGCGUUUUCGAGCAGAUUCAACAGGUUAAAGGAGAUAUAUUGCGUACGCUUAGGCAAGUCGUAGACGUGGUCUCUAAAUAUGCGGGCGGCGCACUUCCGGAAAAUGCACGACUUCUUGUCCGCAGACAUCUCACUUCCCUCCCUCAACGCUUUCGGCUUGCAUCUACCAUCACUACAUCCGGAGGUAGUUCUGGCACGGAAGCCGAUAUGAAAACUAGCGCACAACGGGUUCUAGUUCUUGCAGAGGAAGGAUUGGACAUGAUGGCCCAGGUUAGUGGUGUGGUCAAUGAUACCCUCGUCAGCGCGGAAAGCUGGUGCGAAAAGCUACGCCGACCCAAGCCCCCACGAAAUGAACCGGCAUCUGCAUCAGAUCAAGAACCAAUGGUGUUUGACAGCAAACCACCCGUUCCUGUGCCUGCAAUACCGAAGGACAUUGAAAUGACUGGGAUGACGGAGAAGUUAUAA